AUGGUCCCUCUUCUUUCCUUGGCCUUUGCGGCCUCCCUUCUAAGCACGGCCUUUGCUCUUCCUUAUGACAUUGCGCCCGCCAUUGCUCGUCGCAAUGCCGCGACCCACGGCGCUAGCUCUGCUGUCAAGGUGAAUGUUCUCUACAGCUUUGGCGACGGUACGUGGGCUGAGAAUCUCGCAGUCCGCGCCAAUGGACAAAUCCUUCUCUCUCGUCUGGACACACCCGAGGUUCUACAGCUUGACCCUAAAGGCAUUAAGGAGCCAAUCACAGUUGCUUCUUGGAAUUCCUCGACUUACAUGGGCUGUCUCGGUAUCUCCGAGACAACCCCCGACCUGUUCUAUGUGGUGACCUCUGGCUUUGUUGACGAUAGUUUCGUCCUCACUUCGGGUGUCAACAGUAUCUGGGAGAUUGAUAUGUCUACCUUCUCCGUCUCUGAGCACACGGGCAAGGUUGUUUCUAACGCCACCGUCUCCAAGUUGGUCGAUGUGACAACCUCGGACUUCCUCAAUGGUCUCACUACCCUGUCUGAUGACUUAAUUCUGGUCGCCGAUGUCUACAACGGCUGGGUGUACCGUGUUAACACAAGCACUGGUGCCUACUCGGUUGCCGUCAACGAGGAGAGUAUGAAGUUUGACUCGAUUCCGAACCCCCCGACCAACAUUGGUGUCAAUGGUAUCAAGCUGCUUGAUGACUACCUUUACUGGUCCAAUACUGCUGUCGGUACUCUGAACCGUAUCCGCAUCACGGCCCGGGGUGCUCCCAUCGGAAAGGCUGAGGUCGUUACCAGCAACGUUCCGAAGGCCGAUGACUUCAUCUUCAAGAGUGAUGGUGUUGCCUUUAUUGCUCAGAAUCAGAUGGAUGAGCUCAGUGUCUUGUACCCUGGGCAGUCCGAGGCCGCUGUCAUCGCCGGCAGCAAUAUCUCGACUAUUCUGGCCGGUGUUUCGGCUGGCAAGUUCGGUCGUUUGCCCGAUGAUAAGCAUAUCCUUUACUUGACCACCAGUGGAGCUGAGGGGAAGCCUAUCAACGGCACGGUGACCGUUCCCGCGACUCUCUCGUGGAUUGACACAUCCGCAUUUUAA